AUGACGAAGACCAUCCAAUUCAAAUACGCUUCACUAAACUCCAACAGUCUAGUGAAAGUAGGCCAUCCACAAACACAAUCACCUUACCUCCGCCACCUUCGACUUCAACAGUUCAACAUAAUUUCACUCCAAGAAACUCACGCUACUGAUACUACUAUUACUUCAAUUGAAUUACAACUACAAGCUCAACAAUAUUUAUGGACAUACUAUUGCGGUAUUGUCUCUUAUUCUUCAGGCUAUAUACUGACCAAGAUUGCUACUAGUUACCUAUAUGAAUCUGAUAGAUACAUUCUUUGCAAGGUUCAUCAUCCUCACAGCUUUUAUGAACCUUUUUACAUUUUAAAUUUAUACGCCCCAGCAACUUCUGACCAUUGCCCUCGACAGGAGUUCUUCGAGUCAAUUUACAACCUGCUCUCAACGCUAUCAGAGACCAUCGACCUCGAACGACUACUGCUAUCCGGGGACUUCAAUUAUGAUUAUGUGCGGGACAUCACCAAUGCCACUCGUAUUGUAAAGACAUCGCUGAAUUGGCUGGGUUAUUUAGAGCAGCACUUUCACAACUGCUUGAUACUCAAUGACAUGGAUUCGGUGCCAAUCUAUCAACACGCCUCGUCCACUAUAGACUUUAUAUUUGCUGGGCAAGCCUUACGACACCUGCUGAGCGAUGCGAACGUCGGCUUUCUUUCUCUCUCUUGGUCGGAUCAUGCCAUCCUUGAAGUUACUCUCAAGCUUGGAAAAUCCAAACUGGGCCCAGAACUUUGGAGGGGCAAUCCCUGUUACGCCAACAACCUAACGUUUCAGAAACAACUGGCAGAGAAAAUCAACGCUACAAUGGAUAUAAUAGCUGUGGACAUGACACCUCAGGAUAAGUGGGAACAGAUCAAACGGGUGACUAAAAAGGUUAUCCAGAAGUUUGGGAUCUUGCAACAGGAACUGGUGGAUGUUGCUGCCCUCAAGGCUGGGGACACUUGGCGUGAGAAAGGGGAAAAAUCCGCCGGUUACUUGAAGCGACUCCAUCAAAAACGACAAUCUCAACAGUAUAUGGCGUCCCUACAAGCCCCUGGUUCAUGUUGCGACCUAGGCGAUGCUGUCUCAGGUGCUGAAGUCCCUCAAGAAGGGGUGGAUAGUGCCAUGGCUCACGGUGAUCUAGGUGAUACUGGUAUGGCUCUCGGUGUUUCUGGUGAAAGUGGUAGUGCUGGUGAAACUGGUGGUGCUGAAACUACUGGUGAUGCAGAAGACAAUGCUAGGGAUCAAGACGACGCAAGGCUCUCUCUGGACGGACUGAGUACUGACUCCUCUGACGAUGAUUUUGAAUCGGAUGGUGAUGAGGAGACUCAGGUGGGGACAGGGCCUCCGGGUGAGCGGCCGUGGAUAUCAGGCAGCCUUGAAGAUAUGAAAUCGUUCGCAUGGCAAUAUUAUAUGGACCUAUACAAAGCUGAUCCUGUAGCACCUAGCGACAUUGAAACAUAUUUGGAUACAGUGGCAUUUGAGAACGUACUUACCAUAGUAAAAGUCUUUAUUUCAAGGUCAAAAAUGCGAUCGUUUGAUUUUUGGUAA